AUGGACGAGUCUCAGAACACAUAUGCUGAGUCGGCAGUGCCAGCGUCCAUGGGGCUCCUUGGUCUGGUCCUGCUCUGGGUGCUGACGGCCGCGACUUCAGGGAAAAUUCCAGGCUCGCCGGUGGAGCAGGCGGCCUCCUGCAUGACUUCAUGCUCAGGUUCAGCUGAUCCCCACCUCCCCCUGGGCACCAGAUACACCUAUCACUUUUCCACCAACACCAGCACCAGCCUGCAGGGGGCCCAGGAGGAAGGGAGUGGCCUUGGUCUCCAAGGCUUGGUCACCCUUGAUGUGCUUGGCCCCUGCCAGAUGGCUUUACGGCUCCAACACUUCCAGGUGACAUCCAUCCUGGGGUCCAAGGUGGAAGUUCUGAAGGAGUCAGAGAGUUUGAGUGCCGCUCUGGGCCGCGUGCCGCUGCGCUUCGUCCUGCAGGCAGGGCGCGUGGCACGCCUGUGUCCUGGCCACCCCGAGCCGCGCUGGACGCUGAACGUGAAGCGCGCUGUGCUGAGCCUCCUGCAGGGUCGCCCGGGCACCCGCAGCCCCCAGACCGUCGAGGAGGAGGAUAUCCUGGGCAGGUGUCCCACCAUGUACCAGCAACGCGGAACCAGGCUGCACAAGACCAAGGACCUGGCGCGAUGCUCCCUGCGCAGGGUGCGCGCCUCCCUGCGCUCCCAGGCCCUGCCCGCUGCGGAGGUGAGUACUGCCUUCCGCCUGACCUGUGUCCAGAGUUUCCAGGCCGGAGUGCUGGGGGAGGCGUCCUGCGUGGAGCUGGACACCGUGGGGCCCCUCUCCGGGGAGGCGAGUGCUGUGCAGAUGCGGACCCUUUCCUCGCUCACCCUGCUGUAUGAGAUGCCCCAGGACCCGGCUGUCGCAGCACUUCCCAUCUCAGAUCCAGACGAUGGAGACUUAACCCCAAGCAGCCUGUUGUACGAAUGGGAGGAGACACCGUCCCAGGCUACGGUGGCCAUGGUGGCUGCAUCAGUGAGGAAGCUGUGCCUGGCUCAGACCACAAGCUUCGAGGCCGCAGAGCUGUUCCUGACGCUGGUGUCUGAGCUCCGGGGCCUCUCUGCGGAUGAGCUCAUGGAACUCUGGGAACAUUCUUUUUUCAAAUGCCGAGACAACUGGCGACCGCUGGUGGAUGCCCUGCCCUCCUGUGGUACCAAGCCUUGCGUGAGCCUCAUGGCGGAGCUCAUUGUGUCCGGGGAGCUGGAGGCAGAUGAGACAGAGGCAUGGCUCUGGUCACUGGCGUUUGUCCCGCAGCCCACAGAUGCUAUGGUCCACGCGCUGCUGCCACUGCUUCAGACCCCGGAGGCCAGCCCCAGCGCCUUCCUGGGCAUCUCAGCUCUGGUGCAUAACCUCUGUGUGUCUCUGGACGGGCCCUGCGGGCAGCUGCCUGGUGUUGGCUCCCUCAUGAGGAUCCUGGAAGACGCCUUGGGUGCCAACUGCACCUUCCAGGAGCCCUCAGAUGCUGACCAGCUCCAGCUCGUGCUGAAGGCCAUUGGCAAUGCCGGCCUGGCGGCCGUAGCUCUCACCCCCAAGCUGAGCACUUGUGCGUCCCUGAGGAGCUGCCCCCCUGAGAUCCGGCUGGGGGCCAUCCAGGCCUUCCGGAGGGUUCCCUGCUCUGCAAACCGAUCCGUGCUCUCCAGCCUGUACCAAAGCCCCGAGGAGGAUGCUGAGAUCCGCAUCAAUGCCUACCUGGCACUGAUGAGGUGCCCGGACGAGGAGGUGUUUGCCCAGGUGCGGCGCACCCAGGCAGGAGAGCCGUCCACCCAGGUGGGCUCCUUUGUGUGGAGUCAUCUCCUGCAGCUGCUGGAGACAGGUGACCCCCUGAAACGGGCCCUCCGGGAGGCCAUCCCUGAGGACAUUGUCAGCCAAGAGUUCCAUCCAGAGACCUGGAAACACUCGUCCUACUCUGACGUCACCUUCCGCUCAGCAUCGGGCAGCCUGGGAGCCAACCUGGAGGGGACCCUUCUCUUCUCUCCGGCCUCCUUCCUUCCCCGUUCUGCCACAGCCAACCUGACUGUCCAUGCCCUUGGUCGUGCCUUCAACCUCCUAGAGCUGGGGCUCCGGCUGGAAAAUGCUGAGGAAAUAGCCAGCAGGCUAUUUGGCCCAAAGUCAUUCUGGGGGCAGGAAGAGGAGAGACAGGCCCAGGCGGAAAAGCCCCCAGAGCCAGGACCAGGGCCUACACCGCAGCCAGCCAACCCCGCCUGUCCAGGAGAAAGGUCCAGAAAGAUGAGAGACCUGCAGCGGAAGGUGGCCCAGAGGCAUCGGGAGCGGCGGGCGCUGCAGUGUAAGCUGAGCAUGAAGGUUUUUGGGCAUGAGCUGAGCUUUGUGGACUGCGGGGCGAUGGGGAGUCAUGUGACACGCCAGUCCCUGAACCUGGCCGAGCUUGCUGUCAAGCUCCUGAAGGGGCAGGAGGUGCAGGUGAACCGAAGGCUGAACCUGGCCAUGGAGGAGCUCACUUUUCCCACCAUGUCUGGACUCCUAGCCCAGCUGACCCUGAACGCCUCAGCUGCCAUCAACAUCCAGGUCGGAGGGACAGCCAACUUCCAGCAGCGCUCGGAUUUCUCUGUGAAUGGUUAUGUCAAGCCCAGCGCCCUACUCCAGAUCUCAGCGCAGAUGGGCACAGUGGGCACCCUGGGGCAGGCUGGGCUGAGGUGGGUGACCGGCGUCCGUGGCACCGCCAGCCUGGAUGGAGGGAUCCGGAUAAAGAAGGGCCAGGACCUCAGGGUGCAUCUGAACACACCCGAGGAGGCUGUGGAGCUGCUCCGCUUCAGCUCUCAGCUGUUUCUCAUCACUGGGGAUGGCAUGAGGAGCCUCAGUCCUGCUCACGUCCCUUCUGAGGCCCGAUCCUGUACCGACAAGGAAGCGUCCCGCACUUGGGGCUGGCAGCUGUGCACUGAAGUGAGCUGGCCUCCAGCCGGGCAGCCCUACCUGCUCUCGGUGCCUGUGUUUGCGGCUGUGAUGCUGAAGAAGCAGGACCGGGGGCUCCAACGCUAUCUGCUGGAAGCUGCCUAUACCCUCCACCCCCCGAAGGACUGCUGGCUCCCUCAAGAAGCCUCAGCCCACGUCUUCAUGGGCACGCCCAGGUCGGAAGUGCCCAGGGACGUCGGGGUGGAUGUCAGCUACAGCCGGCCCCAGAGGAAGUUCCGGCUCAAGCUUCUCCAUCCCAAGAAGAAAAUUGAGUUGGACGGAAAGAUUGACACUCUGCAAAGUGGCUGCAUGGGUCACCUGGAACUGAUACUGGACGACAGGGACGUCUACUACGUCAAGGGCCGGAGCAACCUGUGGCCAGCAGCAGGUGGUGAGGCUCAGCGGAUCGAGGCCCAGCUGGAGGUGAAACUGGUGACAUCGGGCAGCCCUGUGGUCCUCGCCGGGAACCUCAGCCGGCAGGCAGGCAGCAGGCUGGCCUUCUCCAUGUCACUGAGCAACCUGCUGAGUGACCAGGCCCACGUGUCAGCACUGCUGGAGAAGAAGGCGGAGGAAGGGCAGCAGGUGGUGGCCCUGGGUGGCGAGCUCUUCGUGCCAGGGCUUGUGGGGCUGCGCACCCAAGGCCUGCUGCAGCAGCGGGCCCGCCUCUGGACCAGCUCCCUGGGGAUCAAGUAUGGCCUCCUGGGUCAGGCGAAGGAGCUGGCACAGGAGUGCAGCACCAGGCAGAAGCUGCGGGUGGAGAGCAGCUCAGAGGCCACCUACAAGCUGGAGCUGGACCACGAGCUCCACUGCACGCAGAUCCCAGCAUUCAGCCACAAGGUCCAGCUGCGGCAUGAGGAGGGCUCAGGCCACCUCCACUGGGAGCUGGAGGCGAGCUAUGGGAGGCACUGGGAUGACAGCCGCAACAAGAGGCACCUCCGCAUCAACCAGACCUUCCAGAACGACUCAGGCCCAGCCCUGAGCAAUUACUUCAUGGAGUUUGUGCUGCAGGUGCCCGCGAGGCAGGUGGAUUUCCAUACGCAGCUGCACCACUUGAGCCUCCGCCAGCCCCACGUGGAGAGCAGCACAUACCUGAAGGUGCAGUACAAUGGGCGGCUGCCCUUUGUGGCAGGCCUGCAGUGGAAGGACACAUCCAGGGCCACCCUGUGGAAGUGGGAAGGAGCCUUGAACCUGGACAGUCCAUGGCUGAUGGUCUCGGCGGCUCACAGGCUGUACUGGCCCCACCGAGCCAUGUUCCAGGCUGUUGUGGAGCUGACGCUGGGCAAGGCCUGGACCCUCAAGAAUCUGGUGAUGAACAUGGCCUGCAAGAGCCAGGGCCUCCACAGGGAGGGCAAGGUCCACGUCUACACCCCAGCUACCACCUACCUCCGGGUUUCCACAGUGACAGCCGUGGCACAAAGCCUCUUUCGCAGCUGGAGUAAAGUAGAAUCAGCCUGGAGUGCAGCAAUGCAGGGUGAGAUCCAUGCCGAGAACAGCCAGGACCGUAAGAUCCUUCACGGCUGGUUGAAGGGCCCCCAGCAGGAGCUGAAUUUAACGGUGGCCUACAGGCAUACAGAGCAGCCAUGGAAGAGCCACCUGUUGCUGACGGCUCUGGGGGCCAGUGCCGGGGGCCAGCGUCAGGGCCUGCAGCUGGAGGGUGAACUGGAGGAGCUAAUGCAAGACAGGAGGUUGUACCAGAAGCAGGGGACUUUCUUCCUUAGGCACCUGUGGACUCUGCCCAUCCCACAAAGCAUCCUCCUGCAGGAGACCUUCACGGCGGACAGGCAGCACCAGCGUUACUCCCUGGAGACGAGGGUUGUUCUGGAUGGCCAGGAGGAGACCCUGCAGACCGUAGUCCUGGGCUACCAGGCCGGGCACCCAUACGUCUGCGCGGGCCUGACCCACCCAUACAACGGCAAGGCCAUCCCCAGGAACUUGGAGGGGUGCGUGGUUACGUGGAACCGGCACAUCGCUAGGAACAAGGACGUCGAGGUCACUCUGAAAGUCAACCAGAAAGUCUUGCUGCACUUAAAGGGUCUGCACCAUGACCGGUCUCGGCGUGGGGAACUCUGCCACAGCCUGGCCCUGGAGGCGGCUCACUCCUCCCAGCUGAGGUUCCCCCAGGCCCUGAGUUUGGAUGGGGACAUUGUCUUCAGGCGGAGUCACCAGGGAGCAUUUGACUGCGGUGCGGAUGCACGGGCUGCCUUCAACCAUAAUGUCACGUCCCAGGUCUCAGUCCAGCUGAACGGGUCUGACUCCCACUUGGUGUUUUCCCUCCAGCUCAGACAUCCCCACAGACCAACAUUUCCUCCAAACUUACAGGUGCAGGCAGCUGCUGGGCGCUACAAAGAGCGCAACCUCAACGGCUCCCUGUCUGUGCACGUGUCUGGUGAGGUGCUCGUUCUGCUGGAGGCCACUGCCAGCCAGGAUACCUGGAGGAGCAGCCGGGGCUGGGGCAUGAACGUCCUUCUCCGCCAGGAGGUCCUCAGAGCCCCCAGAGCUGUUCAGCUGCAGCUGUCCGGCAAGGUCACCCCAGACAGGAUUUGGCUGUUUUCCAAGGCACUGCUAGACCAGAACACAGUGCAGCUUUUUCUCAAGGCAUCUGAAGAGCAGAGGGGAGGCCAGGUCCUGACCCUGCAGAGCCAAGCCCAGCACACCUGGGCAGCCGUGCCCCGUCUUCUGACCCUCACAGGUGUGCUGAAGCAGAAGGAGACACUCACAGAAGGUACCAUCAAGGUCACUGCCGGCUCAGCUGUGCUGGGAUUCCUCUUGCGGGACAAGCAUGAGAAGGCAGGGAACAGCACCAGUGUGCACAGUGUGACCUGCAUCCUUGUCCAGAAUGGCAGCCAGGCCUUGCCAGGAGAGCUCCAGCUGAGGGGGCGACUGCAGGCCCAGACGGGGAGCCUUGAGGGCCAGGCCAGCCUCCAUGCUGACACGGUCAGCCUAGCUCUGGGUGGAGUCUGCAUCUGGGGCCCUGGGCACGGCCAGCUCUCGGUCACACUGAGUCACAACAUCAACACCUUGCGUGAGGCAGGACUCCCCUCCCAGGUAGAGAUGCUCCUACUGCACAGCCACGUGGCUUCCAACCUCUCAGUGCAUGUGAUGCUGCGUAGUGCAGAGCGUCUGCUGGAUGCUGCCCUUGGCCUGGAGGGCCUGGUCACCAGCGCCCUGGGCAGCCGGCUCCGUGCCAGCCUUGGCCACACGGUGCCCGGCCUCAGGCGCUGGGGCCUCCCCUUCUCCGUGGACGGCCGCGGGCACUUGCAGAGCGUGGGACCCAGUCUGGCGGUCGCGCUGGUGGUGAACGUGGAUGGCGAUCAGCUUCGUGUAGCCCUGGAGAGGAGGGGAGCCGGCGGCCGCUGGGGGCUGGCCCUGGGGCUGCACCACGGCCUCUCAAGGUUCCAGGUAAAUGACCCGAAGUCCCCAUUUGGGCGGGGCCCACUGCCUAUGCAACUUCAGGUCAACUGCAGUGGAGACGCUUCGCCUGCCCAGCUGUCAGGGCUCUGCUGGGGGGACGUCACCGGGUGGCCUCACGAGGGCUCCGUGGACGUUCACGACAGUGACUCUGGCUUUGAGAAUUCGGGACGCGUCUCGGCAGGGGCCACGUCUCUGAACUACUCCGUGAGCUGCCAUCACCGCGACGGGCGCCUGGAGCUUUCUGGCUGGAGUGAGCACGACAGCCAGGCCCUAUGGCAGGCGGGGUUCCCAGCAGAGGCCCGCAUCAGCGCCGAGCUGCAGACACGCGAGACCCAGACCCAGGCCCAUGUGGUCCUCCAAAGUGGGGAUGGUGGGAUCAGCGUGGACGUGGCAGCCCUGGUGGCCUGGCCGGUGAACGGCCCUCUGGAGCUGGUGGUGAAUGUCAGCCACACGGCGCCCGCUCUCCGGAGGCUGGGCCUGCCCUUCGCCAGCCAGCUCACGUUCUGGGAGCUCUGGACAGAGGAGGAGAUGAGUUCUUCCCUGCAGCUGACCUGUGAUUCUCAAGCCUGCCUGGUCUUCAACAUCCGUGGCCAGAACCGGGUGCUCAGCAAAGAGCUGCGGCUCUCAGGCCGGCAUCACCUCCCCAUCCUCCUAGGCUGCUGCCCCAGCAGAGCCUCAGCCUCAACCAAGCUACGAUACUCUGAGGGUGGAGCCGAGAGCACAUUUGCCUUGACGGUGGAGGAGCAUCAUUUCCACGUUGGCUCCAGGCUGGUGGCUGCUAAGAACAGUCUCACCAACAUCAUCACGCUGGAACAGACCUUCCCCCAGCUCCACACCCUUCCUGGGGAGCUGGUCCUGCAGACCUCAUACGAGCGAGCCCGCGGCACCCGUGUCCUGCACCACAUGGUGCUGUGGGACGGCCAGGAGAUGGCCAUCAACGGGAGCCUCUCCGGGCCCUUCCUCAAGCCCACCGGGACCCUCAGACUGCAGGUGGAGCUCACCCACCCGCUGCCGCUCCCCCUGCCUCGGCACUGCAGCCUCCGCCUUGCCUCUGAGCAUUCGCGACGCAGCCACCAGGAUGACCUGGUCGUGGGCUGGGAUGGCAAAAACCAGGUGGUGCUGUCCUCCUCUCUUCGUCUGGGAAAGGGCGAGCUGGCCGCCCACCUGGCCCUGGCUCACCCCUUCAGCCUCUCCUGGUGGCGGGCCGAGGCCAGUGGCCUUGCUGAGAGCAGGGGUGGCAGGCAGAGCCGGCAGGUACAGCUUGCCUGGAAUGGAGGGCAGCCUGCGACUUUGCAGCUCACCUGGGCCGACAGGUCCUUGGCGCACAGCACCUCCUGGGAUGGUUGCGUGGCCACCUCCCCGGGGCAGCUCCAGGACACCUGGGGCCUGGGCGCCCUCAGGGCCUGUGGGGCCUUAACACAGACCCCAGCCGUGUUCAGCGAGUGGCUCGAUCUGUCCUGGGACGGACGCCGGGUGCAGCAGAACCUGACGUAUGAGAGGCACCAGCCGUCCCGCCCGGACAAGAUCCGUGCAGAGACCACACUGGAGCGCGUCCUCACGGCCUCCUGCGCCACGCAGAGUUUCCAGGGAGUCAUGGAGACUGACUAUGCCCACUGGCUGCGCCAUUCCCUGCAUCUGGGGCUCUGCCACCUGCCCAGGGCCCUCUCGGUCUCCGGGGAGCACACCUUGGGCAGCGGUGGGCUUCUGCUACACUCCAAAUGCCAGCUGGGCCUCGCCCCAGACCCAGACCACAGCCUGCACCUCAGCCUGACCCUCCGCAACCACAGCAGGCCCCGGAUGCCUGACUUCUCCGGGGAGCUAGAGCUCCGCGGCCCCAAGGCUCAGCAGUUUGGCCUGCUGGGUCGGGUCUCCACCUCAGCUUCUCGAAGCUUGGUCCAGCUGGAGGGAAAUGUGGACGACGGGGACGAGAAAGUGAGGCUGUUGGUGUCCCGGGCCCCGAGCUGCUUCCAGGCCUCGGUGGCCCACAAGGAAGGGAGGCAAGAGGAGAGUGUGGUGCUGCGGGCAUGUGCCCACAGGCGGACUGCGGAGGUGGAGGCCCUGUUCCAGGACAGCGGGCAGCCCAUCCAGCCCCUGGGACGCCUGACCCUGCAGGCUGCCAACCAGAGCCUCCGCUUGGCUGCACAUGGCUGCCAGGGGGCCCUGCUGGGCCACGUGGAGUCCAGGGUGGCUGCUCUUGGGUCCCAGGUGCAAGCCCGGCUGGAGGAGAAGAUCCAUGGCUUGGACGCCUACGUGAGAAGGUUCCAGCGCCUGGUGCAGCCGGCGGGUGCCCUGGAUGGCGUGGCAGGCCCCCUUCUGCAGCUGUGCCAGGCGGGGCUGGGGGCCGUGCGGGAGAGCGGCCGGGCGGUGGCUGCGCUGUGGGACCAGAGCCGGGCCAGGCAGGGGCUGACACACCGCGUGCCGCUCUACCUGGAGAGGCUGCAGGCAGGGCUGGAGCAGCUGCGGGAUGAGCUGGAACAGCCCCUGGCCACGCUGAAGGAUGCCUACUUGGAGGUGACAGUGCAGCCCCUGGACAAGGUGUGGCAGGAGCGGGCCGAGGAGGCCGUGCAGCGGCUGCAGGCCUGGGUGUCCGGGACGCCGGGGACCUGGGGGUCCGGGCCCAUCGCGGCGGCGCUGGAGGCCACGAGGGGCGCCCUGGAGCUGGCCACCCACCAGAUGCUGUCUUGGGCUGAAGCUGUGUUCUCACAGGCACUGAGACGGCUCUGCAAACCCUUGCUGGACCUGUACAGCUUCUCAGCCAGGGACCACUCAGUGGUGGUGACACUGCCGAUGCUGCCUGCAGGGGACGAGCCCCUGGACGUGGCCCGGGUGACCAGCCACCUGGUGGAGGAGAAGUUGCUGCGGCCACUCCGAGAGCUGUAUGGGACCAGCGUGCUGGCCGAGUACCACCGGCUCAAACACCGUCUGCUGGGGGCCCCCUCUGGAUACCACGCUGUGGUGGCCGGCGCCAGGCAUGUGGUGACCUUCGACGGCCAGGUGUGGGGCAUCAGUGCCCACUGCAGCAGCCUGCUGCUGGCCAAGGACUUCGCUCACGGCACAUUCUCGCUGACGCUAAACCGGGCGGGCUCGGGGCUCACGUCCCUGACCGUGGAGUUGAACCACACCACCCUCAUCCUCUGCCCCAGCCUGAAGACCUACAGGCUGUACAACUCUUCCCUGCCUGGGGAGAGCUGUCUGCACCUGGAUCUGCCUCCCGCCAAGACCAGGAGGAACAACGUCCCCAGGAUCGAGCUGACUAGUGAGGACGGUGUCUCUGUGGUCUGUGACCUCCACGCCAGCCUCUGCAGCCUGACUCUCAGCGUCUGGCAGCACGGCCUGUCCGCUGGCCUUCUGGGCACCAACGACAACGAGGCAAGCAAUGAGCUGAUGCUGCCGGACGGCACGGUGGCCAGCAGCCUGGAGGAGGUCACCCCCGCCUGGCAGGUGGGUGGUGACUGCAGGGCCAUGGAGAAGACUCGGCGGGCAUGCCCGGGACAGAGCCUCACCUGCCGGGCCUUCUUCCAGGACCCCCGCUCCAGCCUGGGGAACUGCUUCGGGGUGGUGGACCCCACACCCUUCCUCAGCCUAUGUGUCCAGGACACCUGUGGCACCCAGGAGCGCCAACCUGCCUGCAACCUGGCGGCCGCCUACAUCCACCUGUGUGCCCGGGGCUUCGUGCCCCUGGACCCUCCUCCACAGUGCGACAGGGAAGGAGUGGGUGGAAAUGAGGUCACGCUGAAGCACUCUGGCCAGUAAACUUGGAAUUGAGCUCCCCGGAGAGGAGCAAGACGCUUGACUGUCUAACAAAGAUGAUUUC